CGAGGCUGCUUUAUCGGUUUGUUACCAUUCUCUCUUUGUUUAUCGUUCGUCGGGUUUAUUACUUGAGUUUCGACGAGGUCUGCGCACUAACAAGCGACGCUCUUGAAAAUAUUCUGAAUAAUGUAGAAGCCGCGGGCGAAUCCGAAUUAACUCUCGUGCCAUCAGAGCGAGAUGAUUGUAUUUUACACGUUGCUAGCUACGGUAACAUCAUACAGAUUCCUGCCUCAGGAAUCGCUGCAAGUCUCACUAACUACCGACGCAUUACGCAAGUACAUAAGCUCGUCUGCGGAGAGUCCUUACCACGUUUUAAUAGUAUACAGCAGUUUAUACUGUUCGGGGGCGUUGGUGAGGAGUAAGGUGGUAGUCACCGUCGCCAGCUGUAUGACCGUCAAGGAGCCUAAGAAUGCGGUGGUCAAGAUUGGCUCUGAUACCAUUGUGGGAUACGGCCAAAUCAUCCCAGUUGUAGAGGUGAAAAUUCACGAAUAUUUCAAACACUUGAGCAGCAUGGACAAUGAUAUUGCAGUAUUAUGUUUAAAGCACGACGUGAAUUUGCUGCCAACAGCCAAGAAAGUAAUCAUUGUAGAGUCCGAGGUAGCGCUGCGAAUUGGCACCACUCUUCAAGUUACUGGAUGGGGUGGUCCGAAAAUGCCGGGAAAAUUCGCAAACGUACUUCUGCGCUCCGAAAUGGUUGUCCUCAAUAAAAGUCACUGCCAAAAACACUACAAACAUUUGUUAACAUCUUCAAACUUUUGUGUCAAAUAUCAGCCGGAGCGACGAUUGGGUGACAACGGAGGACCGGCGGUUUUAAAUGAAUUGCUUGUUGGUCUAGUUUCAUUUGGAGCUACUAAUAUUAAGGAACCUCAUGUAGCUGUCCUCACGAAUGUGUCGUACUUUCAUAGAUGGAUAUUACUGAACAGUUCGCGUUUGCUGAAGAAAUAUUGCAUUCCGAAACACGACAAAGACGAGAAAGAGAUUCAAGACAUUCACCAUCAGCAGGACGUCGCGUGAUCGCUAUUAAAAGAAUUAAGAGUUC